UAAAAACAAUAUUUGUACUAAAUUUAAAAUUGAUCCAACUAAUCAACCAAAAAAAAAAAAAAAAAUCUCAAUCUGUACAAACCGAAUUUAGCAAGGCCGGCAGCUCUCAUAAGGGAAAAUAUCGCAACGCUUUCCCAUUUAUCGCAAAGAAAAAGAUACGGCGAGCCUCUUCCUCGGCCCUUCUAUAUUCUUUCACGUAACCCUACUUACCUACCAACCAGCCAACCAGCCAACUAAUCCGAUGGCAGCCACCACCCAGAAACCCGUCGCCGUCGCAACCUCCACCCCCACCCCCACGACUCCUGCAUCCGUCACUCUCGCCGCCAUUUCAUCUGCAGAACCAAACCCUAAGAAGAUCGUGUCAUCCUCCUCGGAUAAGUCUGAUCCUCCUAAUGCUGAAGGAUCUCUGAAGGAGAGUGGGGGUUCGAAGACCACCGGGACUACUGUGGGCUCGGUCGUCGGGGAUGAAAGCGGUCCCGUUAACGAUAUCCAGAAGAAGAUUCGCCGAGCUGAGCGGUUCGGCGUACCUGUACAGUUGUCCGAGCAAGAGAAGCGUAAUUCUAGGGCCGAGAGGUUUGGCACUGCACCCAGGCCAAAGGGAUCAGAAGCAUCGAAGCAAUCAGAGGAGGUGAAGAGGAAGGCUAGAGCUGAGAGGUUUGGGCUUGCUGUACCCUCUACAACUGUUGAUGAGGAAGAGAAAAGGAAAGCUCGUCUUGCCCGAUUUGCACCAUAUUCCAAACCUGACACCAUUGAAGGAGAAAAAAGAAAAGCAAGGGCAAUCAGGUUUUCUGAUCCCCUGUCAACUUCUUUAGCACAGGUAAAUCACAAGGGGAAUAUUGAACCAGAGGCUCCUGUUGCUGGAAAGGCUGUUGGAGGACUCUAAAUAGAAAUUACCAUAGUUAGAAGUUUGGAAGGCGUUUUACAGUGUCUAUUCAUUUGGUGAGGCCGAUUGGAAUCAACAACCACCUGGAGUGUUAACCUCCCUUAAAUCUUACAAAAAGCAUUAGAAAUUCUGGAGUAAUGGCUAUAAAUUUUCUACUUUCCCGGUUAGAUAAUUUAGUUGAGAAAGUAUGGGGGUGGUUAUUAGAUUCAUCCUAACAAUUAAUGAGUUUAUUUAUUUGCUGUUGUAACAAUUGGGCAGCAUCUUAUACUGUUUUAAGUUGCAUAAUAUGAUCAAGUGUGAGACAGCAGUAGUAUUCAAAA